AUGGGGGCAUGGUCUCCUCCUAGAGCUUUCCAUAUGUUUUGUAUCCGGCAUAUUGAGUCCAACUUCUUGAGGAAGUUCAAGGCACCUUACUUGCAGAAGCUUAUCGUCAACAUUGGAUACUCGAGGACGACCAGGGAGUACCAGAUACGCUAUGAACGAUUAAAGGAACGGGGUGAGGCUUACACCAACUGGCUUGAUCGGAUCCCUCGUGAGCAGUAUACUUUGGCAUUUGAUGGUGGUUACCGAUGGGGUCAUAUGACCACCAAUCUUGUGGAAUGUAUCAACUCCGUCUUAAAGGGUCCAUGCAAUCUCCCAGUCACUGCACUUGUUAAGGCUACAUUUUACAGACUGAAUGAGUUGUUCACUAGGAAAAGAGCCGAGGCUGAAGCCCGAAUCAAUGCUGGACUUGUGUUCUCUGAGAUGGUGACAACCAAGCUGCAUGCAAAUCAACGCGCAUCAGGUAACAUACAGGUUAGCUGUUUUGAUAGAGAAAAUGAAGUCUUCGAAGUACGCGAGAUGCCUAGUGGGGUUGAGUAUGCAGUUGACCUAUGCCACCAUCGGUGCGACUGUGGUGAAUUCCAGGUUGACCGAAUUCCGUGUCGACACGUGUUUGCGUGUUGUGCAAAUCAGAGGUUGGAUUGGCAAGUGUACGUUAAUGACGUUUACAAGAUGGACCAAGUUCGAAGAGUAUACAGGGCUAGGUUUAGACCACUGGAAAAUCCGGCAACGUGGCCUGCUUAUCAUGGACCUAGAUUCGUUGGAAAUCCGUUUCUCAGACGGGUAGCCAAAGGUCGGCCGAAGAUGACCCGCUUCUUGAAUGAGAUGGAUACUCGUAUGUUGCGUUGCCCGAGGCGAUGCAAGUAA